CUGUAUCGAGCGCAUUGUUUACACACAGUUUACGGGCAGCUUCGCAAUGGAAAACGGCGCUCCGCCAAACUUGCUGCUCAUUUGUCGCUUUUGUCUGUGUCGGGACGAUAAUUGCUUGGUUCCUGUAAAAAUCCUCACAGAUUCUUCCAUCACCCUGGAGGAAAUAGAUCAUUUUACCGGCAUUCUGCUCGAUACAGAUGAAGAUUCCACCGUACGGGUGUGUGUUAAUUGUAUCAUCAAGCUGAAACAGUCUGCCGAGUUCCGGAAGGCAUGCAUUAGCAAGGAUGUGCUAUUCCAACAGCUGCACGUGCUCGUUGCCUCAACCGGCGAACCGGAGGUAGACAACCCAACUGACACUCCGGACAAUAUCGAUUCCGAUUCAGCGAAGCAACAGGUCAGCGACGAGCCGUACGAUGACAUCGGCAAUCUCGAGGAUGAAUCCAGCGAUUAUCUCGAAGAGGAAUUCAUUGUUGAGGUUAUCCAGCACGGAAAUGAGGAAUUGGAUAACGCAAAUGUCGUAUCGGAACUGCACGAAAAACAGCAAGAAGAGUUUAGUAUCGAUGAGCCUGUGACGGAAGAUACCGAUUUCUUCUACUCGGCCAACUACAUUGUUCCGGGCGAUCUGUCACUGUCAGACGAAAGCGAAAUUGGCGAAGAUGGUUGGUUCCACCGUGCGCAACCGACCGAUAGGCAAAUCCGUUCGCCCACUCCAGCCACACAGCGGGUAAAAGGUGUCAACGAGGAGCAAGCUUCAUCCCCCCGACCGACCGAACCACGGGCACGGACGAGACCGAAGAAAAAGCAACGAAAAUAUCUGUGCGACACGUGCGGUGUACUGAUCAACGAUCUGCCCCGACACACGCUGAACCAUUCCAAGCUUAUCAAACACGCCUGCCCCCACUGUCCGGUGGAGAUGGUGGAAUACUCGAACCUGCUGCGGCACAUAGAGGCAGUGCACGAGAAGAGGAUACGCAAAUCGUGCGAACUGUGUGGCAAAGGAUUUACGCACAAUAAUUCCCUCGUGUCGCACAUGGUCGUGCAUCAUGGCAUCGGUGACACGCACAAGUGCAAAGUGUGCCCGAAAGUGUUUCGGCACGCGAGCGGCUUGCGAGGGCAUGUGAAAAAGUGUCACAGCAAUGCGACCAAAUUUGAGUGCAGCUUAUGCGGUGCCUUUUUCUCCUCGAGGUAACACAUUGCGCCAGAGAUGGGUUCACGGAUCAAGAAUAUAUGUAUUUUAUUUUAUUUUUAAGGUAUGAUCUGAAGAAACACGGCCGAUCGCACUCGUCGGAGCGACCGUACGAGUGUAGCGAAUGUGGCAAACGUUUUAAAAGCCAGUAUGCGAGGCGAAUCCACGAACAAGCUCAUAGUGGGCUCCUCUACGAAUGCGACGUCUGCCGUAGACCGUAUCGCUAUAAGGCUCUGAUGAGAAUGCAUAUGAAACGAACGCACCCGGAAGUGCUGGUAGAAAACGAGGAUACGGUACCUGCCAGUAGCGCGUAGCAAGCAAGUCUUCCCGACCGGUGCUGCAACUGAUGCCGUUCACCAAUUGACUUAGAUUUGCAAUGAUUUAGCUCAUCCAACUGUACCUAGUAUUGUAUUAUUAGCUUGAGCAUGCAUGAGCUUGACUCGCCAUUGUCGAGGCUGAACACGGAACGAAGAAAUACUCUGACCAAAAAUGGUGGUGUUGAUUAGUAGGGAGAGCAAAUAUUUAGUGUUAGAGUAGAGGAGGUAUUUAUUAGUUUAUUCAAUGGUAUUUAUUCUCUUUUUAAUUUUCACGAAAGUAUUUUAAAAAAAAUCACUUAAAUUUGUAGCUGCAGACGAUCGGAUGUAGGGACGUUAAUAAUGAUAAAAACAAGUUUUUGAUAAAUGUCAUUGAAAAGGCAUGUCCAAUCCGACUCCGAUAAUUGCGGAACCGACUCCGGAAGGUAAAUCCGCCCAGCAAUAUCUCGAGACGUCUGUAGUCGUCCGAAAUCAACUGGAGUCGUCCGGAGUCCCCAUCCAGACAGCCUUCAGUUAAUUUACUCAUUCGAGCAGUUUUCUGUCUGUCACAACAGCAAUUUGAGAGCAAUUUAGCAGUACGAAGUGUUGUCGUUUGUUAUCAUUGUAAAGUUGUAAAUAACAACAUGAAGAGUGUUGUUUUAAUGAACAUUUAGUGGAAGAUUUAUUAGUGCUAAUUGCACAUAACCUUUUCUGGAUGAAGCGGAUGUUCCAGUUGAGUUUGCUGCAACAAAAACAUCGUAAUCGUUUGUAUGAUACAAGGAAAAAGAUGAAAUAUAACCAUUAAACUAUA